GCCUCAGAGCACUGCAAACUCUUCCUCGAGCAGGUGUGAGCGUGGAGUAUAUGAGAGCAAUUACAAUCUCUGUUGUGUUUAUGUAUUCAGAAUUAAAUAAUCUUCCAGGCGGGAACAUUUCUGUCAGAGCAACCUUUUGAGUCGUGGCUGCAGUGGCAUUAUCAUGGUUUCUCAGGGCCUCCAGAUCAUGGGUGUGCUGCUGGCCUUCAUCGGCUGGCUGGGCACCAUCACCACCUGCGCCAUGCCCAUGUGGAGAGUCACCGCUUUUGUCGGGGCGAACAUCGUCACCGCCCAGGUGAUCUGGGAAGGCUUGUGGAUGACCUGCGUGGUCCAGAGCACAGGUCAGAUGCAGUGUAAGGUGUACGACUCCAUGCUUGCGCUACCUCAAGACCUGCAGGCUGCCAGGGCCAUGGUGGUCAUCUCUGUGAUCGUCGGGGUGUUCGGCAUCCUCAUGGCUGUGGUUGGAGGAAAGUGCACCAACUGCAUGGAGGACGAAGUGGCCAAAGCCAAAGCCUGCAUUGUGUCCGGAGUGAUCUUCAUAAUAACAGCCUUGCUGAUCAUGAUCCCAGUGUCGUGGUCUGCUCACGCAGUGAUCAGGGACUUUUAUAACCCCAUGGUGAUUGCGGCUCAGAGGAGGGAGCUCGGGGCUGCACUUUACAUCGGCUGGGGCUCUGCUGGGCUGCUGCUGCUGGGAGGAGGCCUGCUCUGUAACAACUGCCCCCCAAAGGACGGCACAAGACCCUACAUACCUGCCAAGUUCGCCCCUGUGAGAACCGCAUCUUCAAACGUUGACUAUGUGUGAGUGUUUUGGCUGGAACUGCAGCAUAACAUAUCUCAAGAUUUUCAUUGAAAUUUGUUAAUGCUCACACCAAAACGUUGCACAGAAAUAUCUCUUUCUUCAAAAUUAUGUUUUGUGGAUGACUUAACAAGAAAUCUGUGUACUUGGUUGAUUAGGAAAAGGUUAGGGUUAAAUUAAAUUGACAUAAAUUGUGUGGUGGUUUGUUUUCUUCUUUUUUUGUUUUUAUGAAAUGUGUCCCUAUCAAAGGUUGAUAUAUGCUGUCAAUUAUCCGUGAAUCUAAGGCCUGAAAACCUGUAACAUUUCACUGAAACAAUAAGCUGAAACAAUAUAUUAUCUGCUGCUCAAAGAAGAUGUGAAAGACAAAAAAUCUGCACGAAAGGAGAUUUUUCAAAAGCUAAUUUUAAUAAUAAACAAUAUGCUGUUGAAAUUAGGUGUGAUUUUGUAUUUUUUAUUUUUGUCAACUGUAUGAUGAUAUGAUGAUCACUGUUGGACUUCUAAUUAACUUUCAGAUGUCGGAAAUAAAGCCUCUUUGUUCAUAUGUUCCUUUCUCGUGUCCGCUCUGUACCUGCAAGAAACACUGUGAUAAAACUGAAACUAAACUUCUGAAUAAGCACGAGUGAUAAGGCACUCAGGAAUCCAGAGCAGUAGACUCCUGGGAAUUUACUCUGUAUUUGUUUGAGAUGCUUGCCAUGGUGUAAUCCACUGCCCUUAUAUUAAGACGGUUAUUUACAGUUUCUGUCUCAAAUAAAAUGGACGUCCCUGCCAGAGACAACAGUGCUCUUUGUAUGCUUGGAUUCAUGUUGCUAAGGAACUGUUUUAUAUCUCCAAAGAAUGGAUAUUUACACUUUGCCCAG